AUGUUCGGUGCCAUACCGUGGGAGCUUGGUGGACUCGGUAACCUCGUGAAGCUGCAUCUUGACCGCAACAAGCUGUCCGCUCUCUGGGACCACACGGAAAACGCCAACGACAUCGGCCAUGAAGAGGGAACUCACCGCACGUCAGGUGGGCCGAUGCCUAGCCAGCUGUACCGGUUGCUUGAGGUUCUAGAAGAUCUUCAUUUUAGAGAAACAUGGGAUUGGUCGCUCGCGUCGCUCGAGCUACACUUCAACCCGUGGGCUGAGCCACCAGAGUCCGUUGUGGCCGAAGGCCUGAAGAGUGUCAGAGGCUACUUCGAAGACCUCUAUGCUGAUCCUUGCAGGAUCAAGCGCCGCAGCGUCAAGGUUAUUCUUGUCAGGCAGGAAGGCGCACGGAAAACGAGCAACUCCCGGCUCGUCAACAAGUCUGACGGUAGUCUCCGAGGAAGUCAGAUGGUCCUUCCUCGCAGCUGGGAUAUUUCCCUCGCUGUUCUGGAAGCCCUCGAGCAUGGAAGAGAUCCCGUGGAGGUGGUACUGCGCAAGUCGCCUGACCGUGACAGAGAAGACGCGACGGAAACGGCUAGAGGCGCGAUAGUCGUGUAUCAGGGGUUCACGGUCGAGGACCUCAGCAGCAAAUGGCAGAAAACAGUUGAUGAGCUCAAGAGGAGAGGGAUUACGGUCACAAACGCCGAGAAUGCUUUGGAAGGAGCUCUCUCAAUCAGGGAGUUCGACGGAUCCCUCAUCCGCCACGAGAAGUUUGUCUUUCUGGACGUGGUUUGGCUGGCAAGAAUCCUGAAACCAUUGCUCAACCACAAGGAUCAAGAGACCUUUGAUGGCCUCGUGAAUCUUGGGGAUACGGGUGACGCGCGCAUUACACUCGACGAUCCAUCAGACAUUGCUUCGUGGGACCGACUCAAGAGCCAGGGCGUGCUUGAACCCAGGUUGGGGUAUGCCAUCUGGCCUAACGGUCUGUCCAAGUACGACGAUCCGGCUGAGGACGUGGUAGUUCUGCUGAGGCUAAACCCAGAGCGACCCGAGAGUGUGGGCCACGUGAUCGACACAUGCUGUUUGGAGCACACCCCGGCACUCAGCGCCAGUUGGAAGAUAUUCCUCGGUGUACCGCCUGGUGCGAUUGGAGAGGUGUUGACACGGUGCUGCGGUCUUGGUGGUGUGCGAACAUUCUGGCGAUAUGGGGUUCUUGUGCACGGUGGCCUCGGGGAACUAGGUCAGUGUGGGAUAUUCGCUGUGGUCUUGGAAUACUCUUCCAUGGACAAUGAACUUGUUGCUCAGAUUUUCGGCGAUAUCAGCACUCCAGCUCCGUGGGUGGCGCUGGAUUUCCCAGGACUGCGCUGGAGAGGCUCUCUGACGUGUCCUCAGCAUGGUGACACGAUGCUAUUGGCGAACAAGUGCAGUCCCGAAACCAGGGGGCUCGGGGCCGCGGCCAUCGAUCUGGUGCGCAUGGUCGACAUCCGUCUGGGCCGAGACGUGAUUUUUGACGAGGCGAAGGCGCGGUUCGACGUCGUGGGGGGUCAGUACGCCUUCCCUCGCCCGACGGUGAAGGUUCAGAUGAAGGAGGGGUUUGGCGAUGCCAAGGCCGGGUUUGAUGACACCAAGGCUGGGUUUGACGACACCAAGGCCGGGUUUGACGAGGUUAAGGCCACGGUUGACGAGCUCAAGGGAGGGUUUGGCGAGGUACAGGGCGAGAUGAAGAGAGGGUUUGACGACACCAAAGCUGAAUUCGGCGAUGUGAAGAACGAGUUGGCCAUGGUAAAGAAAAAACUGGACAAGGUGGCAGAGAGCACCCAGGAAAGCCUCAUGCACCUCAAGGACUUGCAGGCCCCGAACUACCCCUACCCUCACCUUGUGGUCGUAAAGGAGGUUGGAUCUAAUGGCACCUCGUCGAACGCUCAUGGCGUCAAGAGAUGGCUGGGCAAGCUUCGUGGCGUGGGGAAGAAAGACAUGACGCUGCACUUCUUGUGCCCGGAGAAGCGUGGCUGGGUGAAGAAAGUAUCGCCGGUGAUUCAGGUGGCGGUGGUGACCGCAAACGUGGCACUGAAGGCGACGACAGGAGUGGACGUGGAUAUGUCGCAUUUCCUGAAGGGCGUGAAAGAUGGGUUGGUCGAGGAGGUGGUCGACCGUACUCUCGACGAGGACGCGCUGCUUCGCGUCAUAUCGAGCGAGGAAGAUAUCGGCGCGGGCAUGCAACAGGAUGCAAGGGCCUCGUAUGAAGCGGUGAAGAAAUGUAUGGAAAAGGAGGAAUUCAGCAGGCGUAAGACGGCCAGGCGUGGUGAUGGGUACAUUGACUUCAGGGACGAAGUAACGCGUGUAACCGACGGGAGGGGGCGGAUGGAGUGGGUCCGGAAGAGAAACGUUUAA